AUGGCCUCUCGCUGGGCCAUGUGGCUGCUGCUCUUAGCAGCCUGGAGCAUGGGCUAUGGUGAGGCCUUCAGGUGCUAUACCUGUGAGCAGCCCACGGCCAUCAACUCAUGCAAGAAUAUUGCUCAGUGCAAGCUGGAAGACACAGCCUGUAAGACCAUACUGGAGACAGUGGAAGCCGAGUUCCCCUUCAACCACAGUCCUAUGGUGACCCGCUCCUGCUCCAGCUCCUGCGUGGCCACCGACCCUGACGGCAUCGGGGUUGCCCAUCCCGUCUUCUGCUGCUUCCGUGAUCUCUGCAACUCGGGCUUUCCGGGCUUGGUGACCGGCCUCUAGGCACACGGGGAGCCUCGGUCCUCUUCUAGCUACUCUCCUGGCAGGGCCUGGUGCCUCCUGCAGUCAUCUCUGCCUGCACGGCUCUGUGAGCAGAGCUCGCUGGGCCUCAGGCCACUCACUCUGU